UGUCGUGACAAGCUCAAAAGGCUGAAGACGAAGAUAUUUUUGAGGUUUGGUUUGAGCUUUGAGAUGUGAUUUUUUGUUGAUGUAAGCGCGUUGGUUAUUCGUCUGGCAAUUUAUUGCAUGUUUCAUGGAGGAUUAAUUUCAGGAAACAAAAUUACAAAAGUAAAUUUGUAUUCAACUACAUACUUCUUAUUUUAUAACAGAUUGAAGUUCUUAUGCUCAACUAUGGUUAGAAUUUACGGUUCGUUCUUAUUUGUUUUAGUGUCUUUUGUCAGAAGUAAUGAAAUUUUUAGACCUAGGGGAGUUGCAAUCACAAAAGCAGUAUUGUACGACGCUUCCAAAGACUUCACAUGUUUCAAUGGUGCCCUUACUAUACCAUUCAAGUACGUGAAUGAUGAUUUCUGUGAUUGCUUGGAUGGAAGUGAUGAGCCAGGUACAGCGGCUUGCCCGAAUGGCUCAUUUCACUGUGUCAAUGCAGGACAUAAAUCAAUGAUUGUGCCAUCUUCCAGAGUCAACGAUGGUAUAUGUGAUUGUUGUGAUGCAUCUGAUGAGUACGCCCAUCCCGAUCUUUGCGGAAACAUUUGCGACAAAUUGGGCGAGGAAGCUCGGGUGGCGGCUCAGCGGAGAGCGGAAAUCAUAAAAGCUGGCUGCGAGCUCAGAGAGCAGCUCUCCUGGAAAGGCAAAAAGCUCAAAGAAGAGAAAAAGGAAAAGAUAGCUGUGCUAGAAAAAGACAAGGCUGAAGCAGAAUCAUUGAAGGAAGAGAGAGAAGCAAACAAGAAAAAAGCGGAAACAAUCGAGGCAGCAGCGCUCGAAAUCUACAGAAACGCCGAGGAAGCAAAACGCAAAGAGAAGGAUGAACAGAAUCGAAAGCAAAUGGAGCAGGAAGCCUUUGAAGUGUUCAAUCAGCUCGACUCUGACCGAGAUGAAAAACUUCAAGUUGAUGAGCUGAGAGUUAGACAAACAUUCGAUCAAAAUAAGGAUGGUCAAGUUUCUGAUGAUGAGUUGAAGUUUUUCAUGGGUGGCUUGGAAGAGAUUACGUGGGCCGACUUCUUGGAAUCAGGUUGGCAGCGAAUGAAGCCGUUCUUCAUGUUGGAGAAAGGCAUUUUCCAGCCUCCAUCAACAGAACAGAAGACAGAAAGCCAAGAAGCGCAUACUGAAGGUCAUGAAGGCGGUGAGGAUGAUCUAGGAGGCAUGACCCAUGAAGAAUACGAUGACGGAACAGCUGAUGAUGAAGAUGAAUUUGAAAGUGUAGAUGAGCCGGCUGAGAACGGUGAACAUGCGGAUGAAGAAGGAGACGAUGGUGCCGCCAAAAAGGCUGAGGAGGAAAGUGCUCCCAAGUACGACGAAAUGACCCAGAAAGUUAUCGAUAUUGCCAAUGCGGCGAGAUCGGAGUUUGAAAGUGCUGACAGAGAAGUGAAAGACUUGGAGCGUUCGCUGCGGCAACUGCAGGAAGGCCUCAACAAGGACUACGGCCACGAAGAGGAGUUUGCGCCAUUGGACGGCGAGUGCUUCGAAUUCACCGAUAGAGAAUACGUCUACAAGCUCUGUCCGUUCGAUCGGGUAAGUCAAAGGCCUCGGUCGGGAGGCUCAGAAACAACACUGGGACUUUGGCAGAAAUGGGUUGGCAGAGAAAACCCCUACUCAGCUAUGCUCUACGACCAAGGCCAGACCUGCUGGAAUGGACCACAACGAUCCACACAUGUGCAAGUGUCAUGUGGCGUGGAAAACGUAGUGCUGUCCGUGUCGGAGCCGAACCGUUGCGAGUACCUGUUCCAUCUCGCCACCCCAUCCGCCUGCUGGCCCGAGUUGCCGCAGCAGCAUCCGCACGACGAACUUUGAUUGUACAACUCAGCCAAACGACCACUAUUUGUCGUCAAUGCUAUUUGUGUUCCGUUGCCGAAAGCCGUUGUGAUGGUGUUUCCAUUUGUGAUGUUGUCUAGCAUUUAACACUACACUUGUCUCCCCGUCUCCACCAACUGAGGAAGAGAUCAAGUGUGAUUCCACCUUUUAUAUAUGAAUUCUGUCAUUCCAUAUUUAUAUACUUUUAUAAAUAUUAUGAUUGAGUGGAAGUCUUUUAGAACGUUGUUGGUCUACACUCACCUGAACCCUCUCCCCCUUCAACAACCAUUACUCACCUUUCGGUAGAAUCAAAAAAUAGGAUAAGUUGUUCAAUGACAAUGGAAUCAAGUAUGUAGUAGCAAGUUUUCUCUCAAGAGCUGGCAAUAUUGAUUGGAUAUUUGGAAGCCAGAAGUGUCGUCAAAGUUGUAGAAAGUAUUGGAUCGGUUUAAUUUAUCGUAUUAAUCACAUGGAUCAUAAUUAUUGUAUUAUUAUAAAUUUCAACAUCGAAUAAUAUAGAGGAAAUUGAAACUGUCGAAAAAGUUAUUUGCUGUGGAGGGAUAUUGCAUUAUUAUGAAUUUCAACAUCCAAUUAUAUAGAGGAAAUUGAAUAUGACCGAAAAUUAUUUGCUAGUGGAGGGAACCUAUUGUAAUAGGGCCCUAUUGUUUGAGGUUUAUGGUUAAUUGUUAUAACUAAUUGAUUCCAGUAUCAAUUUGCUAUUGCAAUGAAUUUAUAGAUUGAAAUUGUAUAACUUGAGUCGAAAACAUGUUUACAUCACAGUAUAUUAUGUUAUCAAUGUCAUAUACAUUAUUAUUUUCAUUAAAAUGAGACUUAUUGGGAGUGAGUUUAGAUUUUUAGCACCGCCUUUUUUCUUAUCAAUUUAUUAUUCCAUAAUAAUAUUAAAAGUGAACAGUAAAAUUAAAAUAGUUAUUAAAUUCAGUAAAUUAUUGUUAUUAGUUGUGUUAGUGAGUAUUAAUGUAUUAGUAAAAAUAGAUGAUAAUGAUUGGUGUAUAUAAAUAAUGUUGUGUUAAGCUAGCGCCACACUCUCGCCAAGUCGCUUGCCAAGCGGCUCGCUGUAUAGGCUACAUCUAUACGGCGGAGUGAAGGCGAGCGGUGGCAUAGUAGCCACCAUCCACACUCUCGCACUCGUCGUCAUUUAUACACACUUGGCAAGAGUGUGGAAGCGGCAUCAAAGGUUAUUAUUUCAUUUCAAGAUCAUUUGAGAUAGUCAUGUUUUAUCAUCACAACAUGAUCAAUCAACGGCUUGAAUAAUUUAUUGCAGCCUCAAAUUACUGCGCUAUUGUUUGAGGGCUAUUGUUACAAGUGUCACAUUUGUUUGUACUAGCUCAGAAAACUCCCAGGCAAGACUCAAAUUGUUUGAAGCUUCAAAUUUAAUCCAUAUAUUGUCUAUUCGAAUUUUUUUAUCAAACCAAGUUUCCAAUUAUCCAAUUAUGAUUGAACUCAUUAAUUGACUCAUUCGAUAUCAUCACUGUUGAUCCAACAUAUUUUUCUAUAACCCAGAGGUAAUUUUUACUCUGUAAAAACUCUCUACAUCAUUCUCAAUCGGUUCAAUAAUAUCUAUCUAUCUAUCAAUAUUAUCUAUUAUUUAUUUGAAUUUCCAUUGUAUUAUUCACUAUCAUCUAUUCCUUUUGGAUUAGUUAUUUUCUUGAAUUAUAAUUAGGGUCUGAGUAUUUCAUUAGGCUGAAUCAUAUUUUAACAAGUUUUUUUUUAUGAUAAUUUGAGUUUCAAAUGAUAAUGAAUAGGUCCAAUAUCUUGAGAUCUCAUCUGUAUCUGUUUUAAUUCUGUAAUGGUAUAAGUGGUGAAUCACCACUUAUAUAUUCUACGUCAACCUGAAUUAUUGGUGGUUACUUAACUAGCAAGUACCUUUGUGAUGUUUAGUUUAUGAUAUUGUAUUAUUAUUCGCUCCGAGUUAAGAAGAGUAACUUAAUUUUUCAUCUGGUUAUCCAUCAAAUAUAGCACAAACAGACAAAUUCUGUAAGUAAACAUUUUUUGCUCCAGCCACUCGAGUUGAAGGGAUUCCCAUUGUAUGAUACCGUCAUUGCAAUUGGAAAGCGUUUAUCUAUAUGCAACUUGAAUUAUCCAUAAAAUACAAAAAGUAUAAAUGAAAAUAGGAACAUUCGAUACUAUAUAACCCAAAGAAGAAAGUUUUAAUAUUCGUAUUUUUCUGUUAUUCUCAAAAAGGUGGGUGAUGAUUAAAUGUAUUGGUGUUGAUUUGAAUGUAUGUAAUGUAGGCUAAUAUUGAACAACAUAAAAUAAUAGUUUUAAGAAUACUGGUCUCAAAAAGCAUCAACUGUCAAGAAAAAAUAUUCCGAUUUGUAGUGCUAGUAAGCACUUUAUUGGUUGAAGAUAGUUUUAAUUUUUCGAAUUAUUGUGAUAAUGUACAUGUAAAAGUAUUGAAUUCAUUCGAGAUUAAAAGCGAUUGGUUGUUAAACGUA